ACAAAUUCAUCAAGAUCAGAAAUUAAUUUUUUUAAUUAAUAUAAUUAUUACCCCAUAUUUCACCCAAAUAAACGGAAACAAAUUGUUGCAAAAUGACCAAAGUCGUUGCGGUCGUGGUGGUCGUAAUCUUCUUCACCCUCUCGCCGUCGCUUGCUCGAAUUCAAAUUAGUAAGCCAAAGUAUGAGGCUGUGGUUCGCCAACAUUCCGGCGCUAUGCCGGAAUAUGAUGACGUCAAGGACACUCUUCGCCUCCCAAGCGAAGCCUCAAAUGAGGAGGAAACGUUUGAGUUCGAUGGCCUGGUGGAACAGCCCGAUAAAACGGACCAACCUAUUGAAAAUCGGGCUGUGCACCGGCCUCGACCCAACAAUGAGUUGGGAAAGAAGCCUAAUGACCAAAAUAUAGACUUUGAGGGUGAAAACGCCCACCCCAAGUCAAAUGACUAUAAUGAGGUCAAAGCACGACUCGUUGAUCUCAAGCGUAACUCUUUGUUCCGGUUGAGAUCGGGGGUUCCCUACCGCCUAUGCCGCCACAACCACCUCCACCACAUCGAGGAAACCAUUCCCGACGGACCACAACUAGAAUUCCCCUUUGGAGACGAUGCCACGAUGCUCUCGCUGCCCGUAGAAAAUGCCGGUUUCGAGGAUCGGGCGGUGUUCCAUGACGAUAGCGUUAGCCAUGGCCGAUCGAAGCGUUUUCCGUUCCAAUACGACCUACACGAUUCUAACAACGAGAACGAGGCUCCAAACCGGUUGUCCAAAAACAGCCACAAUAGCUUUCGUGAAGUCGAGCCGAGGUGGGAAAAGUUCCUUCACCGCUACUACCACGACCAGCACCGCGGUCCCCGACAUCUCCGCCACCACAAAGGGAUGGUCUGGACCCGCUUCGCCGGAAAGGAAAAAGUGAAUUCCGGUAGAGAGGUGGCGUUUCACAACAAUGAAGGUGGCAGCAUGAGGAAGCGCAUUCGCAAAUUCUUGGGUCAGUAUUUUGGUUGAAGAAGAUGAUAUAUAUAUAGGUGAUCAAUUGAUCCUCUCGCGUAUUAGUUUUGGAUUUCAAUUAUAUUUAAUGUGUAGUUCAUUGGAUCUUCAUUCUUUUUUUGAGUUCUUUUUGUACAUAGAAUGCAUGUAAAUGAGAAUAGCCCGCACCCUAGCUUGCAUGAGUGAUGUUGAUGGUAGAAUCACGUUCACAAUUAGGUAUAUGGGAAUUCACUUAAAUAUAAUUAAAACAUAAUGACUUUUUCAAUAUAGGAUCAUAUCUUUUUAUUUUCUAAUGUAACACCAUUGGUCAUUAUACAUUAAUCAUUAUUCAAGUAAAUGUCUUACUAAGCAUUAUUAAGUUCUAUUUAUUAGGUAAUUAAAGAGUUUAAGUCCUAAGAAAAUGACUUAUGUUUU